GUUCGAACGAGGGGCAAUGGGGACAUAGGAUCCUCAUCGACAGACAGCCUCACCGUGGCCAGAUUCACUGCAAGUUGAAGAGCGUCGCUUUUCAAAGCAGUGAUUCGACCCAACGGCUCGCGCAGCGGUGCGAGGAACCGCCAAGCCGGGUCGCUCGUCCUCGACGGAGGCAUCCUUGAGGACUUUGCCUGCGUGCGUCUCGAUCAGUGAUUCAUAGCAAGCGCGCUUCCGUGAUGUUGCCAGAGUCACGGACACUCCUAUAGCAUUGACGUCAGGCCAGAUUGCGGCAUGGAGGCGCUUAAGCAAGUGUCGCGGCGAGCGCAUGCAGCGGCUGAAACCUUGGCGCACACGGCACCACAAGCUCGUGCACCAACACUGUCGCUGGGCUCAAGGCUUACUUUCACACAAGGCCUGCUUGUCGGACAGCUGUCCAUCAUCGUCAUUGCCGUCAUCUUCAUCCGUUACUUCAUCUUUGAGGAUGUGGACACGGCGUUGGAAAAGGAGCGUCUCGCUCGGGUCAGACGGUCACAACAAGCAAGGGACAGAACAGCUAGAAGAAGGACCAAGAGCGCUUCCAUCAGUCGCUCUAGCGCCAACCUCGCUUCCAUCCUGCAGAACGUCGGCUACGACAUCACCUCACAUCCCUCAGAGAGCACAGACUGGCUCAAUGUGCUGCUGGCACAGGCCGUUGCUGGCUACCGUGAGGACGUACUCUCUGGUGGAGCUAUCUUACCCUCUUUCAAGGACCAAAGGACGGCCGAAAAGGAAAGAACCGCUCGAGAGCUCAUGCAAGACAUCUUGAAUCGUCAGACAGGCAAGGCGGCCAGCUUUCUUGACCCGAUUAGGGUGAUGGAAGUCGAUUUCGGGGAUCAGUAUCCGCUCUUCUCAAAUGCACGAAUCAGGCCAGCCGACGAUGCCGGGCGCAUGAGAGUGGAAGUUGACAUUGAUUACAUGGACAGUAUUACGAUAGCGAUCGACACGAAGCUUGUCAUCAACAUGCCACGGCCGCGCUUUGCAGUCCUGCCUAUCUCGCUCAGCCUCACAAUAUCCCGCUUUUCCGGCACUCUCGCCAUCGAGCUCUUUUCUACAGAAGCUGGUAUAGUUCUGCCUCGCGAAAGGGGCGUUCAGACGCCCUCAGCAGCUUCCCAGCCGCGGUCGCGACACCACCUGCACUUCUCGUUGCAUCCUGACUUUACUCUUGAUGCGACAGCCUCUAGCCUAUUGGGCUCAAGGGCAAAGUUGCAGGACGUCCCAAAGAUCGAGCAGCUGCUUGUGGGCAGACUACGCGCGUGGGUGCACGAUCGCUUCGUGUGGCCGCGCUUCUGGAGCCUGAGCUUGCCCAAUUUAGUGCCGAGCCCUGGCGCUGCGAAUGACGAGCCGGUUGGCACGCGGUCGAAGGUCCCACAGUCUGAGCAUCAGAUUCAUAUCUCGCGAGGAGUGGAUCCACGUGCCGCGGAAGGGCAGGCAGCCGAGCUGGAUGGGCAUGAGCGUCUGCCCAAUGGGAAGGGUCAGCGACAUUCGGCCUCAGUCGCACGUGGUGAGCUUGGGCUAGAAGCAUGGCGUGCACAAGCUGCUGGCCUGCCAAGCGUCAGUGGCUCAAGGACAUCUUUGCAAUCGUACAGCACGAACGAAGUAGACAUUCGAAAACGAUUCCAAAGCAGUGCUGGAGGAUGGGGCCGAGCUGGCACUCUGGACUACGGGUGAACGAAACAGCGAUAUGCGCAGGACUGUAUGCAUAUAAUACAAUGCAAUAGAUCACAC